CAACCGCUACGAAAUUGAAUGUAGUAUGUAACCAUCAGCACAUAAACAUGUUGCCUUUUACGACCAAUUGCUUAGUUUUCAUAUCACGGUCGGAAUACUAAAUAUUGAUUGUGUACAUCGAGCAUAUAAGCACGCAGUCUUGGGGCUUCUAUCAUUUUUUUUUCAAGAAUGAUCCACUUAUUGAUUAUUAUAUGUUUGGGAUUAAUCUCAAAGGUUGAAGCUCAAGGUACAAAUAUGGGAGUAGAAUUUCAGGUACAGUUCCCAUACAUGCCUGAAGGCCAACCCAUCCUAAUGAUGUACUCAACGAUGAUGAAUAAAUUCGAUGUUUACGUCACUGCUCCGUUUUCCGACCACCCCGUUUUCGAGAGAGUUCGUAUCACCCGUCUUCAGGUUUCCUAUUACGUGGUACAGCGGCAACAUUUAAUAUCAAGAAGUGACACCACCACGUCUAUUGUCGCCAAAGGAAAACAAAGAUUUGGGAUGACAGUGUUUAUGCCGGUGUCGGUCCACUCUGCUGCCAGUUUCCUGGCCAUUCCAACUUCCGGUUGGGGCUUGGAGUACUAUGUUCUGGUUCCAAAGACGGGGCCUUCGAUUGUACUCAUUUCUUCAGUUGAGGAAAAUGAAAUCAGCGUACGAUUUACUGAACGCAUGGAGCAGCUAGAAAGCCAAUUCACUGAACCACUUCUCUCGACUCUGAUAGUAAAUAGGAAACAGGCGUACAUCAUGCAGAACUGUACUGGAAGAACAGUCGGGGAACGACCUCUCGGAGUCACACCAGUAAAAAUAACAGCGUUGUAUUCAUUUGGCGUUAUUGUUGGCACUUGCGAAGAAUACGAAUUCGAAUCGAAAUGUCAGAGAAAAGGUGUAAAAAUCGCAAGCGGCGUCACUGCAGAAAUGCUUUUGCCCGCAAGGACUUGGGGAAAACAUUUUAUAGUGCCCCAGACAUUGAAGAAAUCUUGUAAUCAGAACUUACGAUUCCUAACCUUGGAGGAAAACACAAUCAUACGAAUAACAGCGGGCGACCAAACACAAGUGGUCAACGUUGCUGCCGGAGGUGCCUUGGAGACCUAUCGCUUGACCUCGCAAUCAAUCGUGUUCGUGAAGGCUUCCAGCCGGAUCAUGAUGUAUAGUGACUACCACUACCCUUGUAACACGGAGGAGAAUAUUAACUUUCAAGAGCUGGUCGUGGUUGUUCCAGCCGAGGUCUUUAUGAAUGAAUACAUUUGGAGCACUCCUUUAGCCAGAGGUCACACACCAUCUCACUACAUCUCGGUCGUAGCACCAAUCGAUAAUUUUUUCCUAGAAAUCGACACAAUAAAAGUCAGCUUAAGGUGGAAGAAAGACAUGCUUAAUCGCUGGCAGACGUCAUUCUCCAGACUGUCACCCGGUACCCACUACAUAUCGUCAGUAACAGGAGUUCCAUUCGGAAUCUACGUCGUCGGCCUUACCCCGGAGUACCAGUUUUUCCAUUCGGCAGGCUUUUUUAUUUCUGACUUCAGUGGGCUGUGUGAAAAAACGACGAAUCGCUACAACGAUGGGAUAGAUAACGAUUGCGAUGGCUUUAUUGACGAAGAAAGAGAGAAUGUUAAAGAUGAUGACCACGAUGGGGACGAAGAUGAAGAUCUCUCGUCGUACGCAAGAACCAACCUGGAGGGCAUAUCUUUACCGCUACCACCACAAGUACCCCCAUUUGUGACUGGAUUUUUACCUCAAGACUGCCCAUGUCCAGAGAUUCAAAACUGCGAAAUGGAGUUGUGCACUGACCUUACUAACUACGUCGUAUGCCUAGAGAGUAUAGUGACCUUGACCUCUUGCUUUAUACAAACCCGUAUGGAGGCUAUGAGAAAGUUAAGAUUAAAGGAAAUAAAAACUUCAUCGCAAAGUCAUUGCUUAAAACAGUGUCCUUCAUUCCUCCAUAACUGCAUCCCAUCUGACGUAACAGAAGGAGACUCAAUGUCAUGCAGUCAAUUACAGAGUUACCUAAAUUGUCUGAAAGCAGUCACCAACAACCCCAGUUGUUCACGUUCGUUCAAAGAUGAAGCGAGGAGGUGGAUUACCAGCACCGAUAAUAUGAUUGGAAAAGCACUCUGUUUGGAAGGGAUGACGACGGCUUCACCCGAAGAUUGGCAGGAGGUUGCUGGAAUGUGCUUGAAGUUGAAUAAAGCAGGAAAGCAGCACCAUGAAGCGGUGAGAGCGUGUUCAAACAUGAACUCAGAGCUCGCGACCAUAAUGGAUGCCAAUGAAAACCUGGGUGCUUCUGCGGCGCUUACAACUGGUGCAGUAGAUUCUGCAUAUAUAGCAUUAACAUACAUAAAUGGGCAAUGGUCUUGGCCAUCUGGAUUACAAAAUGCAUAUAGAAACUGGAGAGAGGGUCACGUAAAUAAGAAUAAUAAUACAGCUGAUGAUGGAAAAAAUUGUGCAACUAUAGAUAAAUCUGUCGAAUUUAAAUGGGUCGCCGUCUCAUGUAACACAAGUCAUAGUUACAUGUGUAAAAGACAAUCAUGCGAUGCAAGACCAUUAACAAAAAAUUCAAAUUAUGAUUUGAUCUCAGGCAAUCCCGGUUUACCAAUGUUGAGAGACCUAAAAUCGGAAGAGAAAGAUCAAUCGAUAUUAGCAAAAAAAGGAAAGUGCCCAUAUUUUCCAAGCACGUGUCUGCACGUGGGCGUAAUUGAUCCAUGCCUUACGUUUCACGAUCAAAUUGAUUGUUUCCAAGAAUUUUUUAGAAACAGGAAAUGCACAAAUGCCUAUAAAGCCGAUAGCCUUUCAAAAUUUACUAAUUUGUUGAACAUGUGUAUUCCUCCACCGCCGGGAGGGACCACUUUGCCCACUGAGAGCACCUUGCCAGCAGGUCAUACUGAUUUCCCCAUGGAUGUAAAUGUUACAACGAGGCAAUAUGAAGACGCUACAGAAUCGAUAUCAACAAGAGAUCCCGGCUUCAGCGCAAUCAUAACCACGGAGGUUCGAACACCAUCGAUGGCUCCUGGAGCCAAUUGCGAAGAUAUGUACAGAGUGUGUUUGCCGGAAGGUAGCGAUAGGCUCUCUUGGUGUCAAAAAGUGGAUAACCAUUGGAAUUGCAUGAAAGGACUCAUUAAUACAUUAACCUGUACUGAAGACAUCAGAAACAUGGCGUCUCAAUGGAUGAUUGAAAAUGGCCGUCCUCUUCAUUGCCCACCAACAACACCAACUGCAAUCCCUCAAGUGAUACUACAAAUUGAGGAAAAGAUUUGCGGGAUGGCACCAACGUGUGUUGACCAACCACACUAUGAAUCUGUUUGCCAGGAAGAUAGCGAUGGUAGAGUGCAGUUGCAAUGCUUAAAUGAAGUCAUAGACAAAGAUUAUUGCUUUCCGAGGGAAGCUAAAUCGGCUAAACUGGGGAGGAUGGCCAUCGUUGAUAAAAUGUUGGAAUACAACUGCGAAGGAUUAAACUACGAAGCGGUUGAGUUGCUAAAGUUUGAACCGGAUUGUGAACAGUGUAUCACCCUGGGGAUGACCACCAUUUUCUUUUACUAUCACCUCAAAGAAACGCUCAUGUCCAACGAUCAGUGCAACACAUUGUACUUUGAUUACUGCAAUGGUGACGAUGUUGAUUGUCAGAACAUUGACGGUUGGGCCUCGGGCUGUGCAUUCCCCGCAGACUGUGAAACUGAUUUCGUAUGGACCUAUGAACUAAAAACCCAUCCAAUAGAAGCAAUCUGUAAUACUUGGCGGGACCCAGAUGACAACCAGCGAUUGGUUGUGGCUGUGCCUACAGUGACCUUCAAAAGUGUCAAUUUUCGUUUCCGUGCUCGAUUAUCUUCAGACUUCAGUGCUUUUAACAGAAGCGCCAUGGUAGGAGUGAGCAGGGUCUUUAUCGUAAAGAAACUAGUUGACGAGAACAAAGCUAUGGUACAGCUACCAUCAACAAACGACGCAGAAGGGCGACACGGUUGUUCUAUCUUCUGGUACAUAGUGGUGGCUGCUUUGAAUGUUGCGGCUUUAGUCACAAGAGUUUGAAGCUCACAUCAGCAAGUUUCGGUUUCCGGCCAAGUCUCUCAACGUCUUUAUUAAUUAUACUCAAUGUUUCUUGGCAGCCCACACGCUGUUUUAGUAAUGUAUUAUCCUUGAUUGGUAUAUACCUAAAUAAUACAUCCACACCAAAUCUUUUGGAAAAUUAUACCAUACAACAAAAAUAUUUACAUAUGCAUCAAACACUUAGAUUUAAAAAAAACUCCACAAUGAUUUUAGUAUCUCUUUUAACAUAAAAAUAAUAUUGUGUGUAACAUAAAUAAAAAUGGAUAAUUGCA